CUCCUUUAAAACCCUUUUAAGACUUCUAACAUUCAUCCACCCCAAAUUCUCUCUUCACUCUCCAAUUUACAGGUUUCUUACAUUUCUCCAUUGUUGUUUGUGUAAGAUUCCAAUUGGGUUUUUCUCAAAUUCCUUUAAAACCCCUAAAAUUGGAACAUCACUCAUCACUACCCAUUUCUUUGUUCAUAUUCACACUGAUCAUUCACUUUUUCGCUCUUGAACUGUUCUUCUGUCAAGAUAAUGGCGUCAACUGAUUAUCAAGGUUCAUCGUCUCCAUCUUUCACACGUUUUCGGCGUUCAAUACUGAGUAUGAAACGAGAUCCAGUGAUUCAUGAGGCCACAAGUCAGGAACAAGAGGUUGAAGCGUUUCAAAGACAUGUAACUCAGAGGUUUAUCGAUUUGUCUCGGGUUGAUUCACAUGAAUUCCUUUCUCUUUCGUGGGUUUCUGAUCUUCUAGAUGUUUUCCUGUGUUGUCAAGAAGAAUUCAAAGCCAUAUUAUUCAACAACCAAUCUUACAUGAGUGAUAAGUUGGUUUUGGAUUAUUUCGAAAGGAGCGUGAAAGGAUUAGAUGUUUGUAAUGCAAUUAGAGAUGGAAUUGAACAGAUCCGACAAUGGCAGAAACAACUGGAGAUCGUUUCAUGUGCUUUGGGUAAUCAACGAUAUCUCGGAGAAGCUCAAUUCCGGCGAGCUAAAAAGGCGCUAAUCGAGUUAACAAUCGGAAUGAUUGACGAUAAACAAUCCAACUCCGCUUUCGCUCAUAGAAACAGAUCCUUCGGUAAAGAUCCCCCAAAUCAUCAAAAAUCCUUGAAGAAAUUCAAAUCAUUCUCGUGGAGUGUUUCAAGAUCUUGGUCCGCUUCAAAACAACUUCAAGCAAUUGGAAACAACAUUGUUCCUCCCAAGACUACCGACGUCAUUCCUGUAGCUGUUUACACGAUGAACAAUGUCCUGUUAUUCGUGAUGUGGACUUUGGUAGCUGCGAUCCCUUGUCAAGAUCGUGGACUACAAUCCCAUUUCAACAUACCCAAGAAUUUCAAUUGGGGAUCUCCGAUUAUUAGUCUGCACGAGAGAAUUUUGGAGGAAUCGAAGAAGAGAGGGAGGAGAAAUGCUUGUGGAUUGUUGAAGGAGAUUGAAGGGAUCGAGAGAUCUGCUCGUUUUGUAAACGAAUUGUGUGAUUCGUUGCAGUUUCCAUUGGCGGAAGAACAGGAAUCGGAGGUGAGAAAGAGGGUGGAGGAAGUGGAGAUGGUGUCUGAAGCUAUUAAGAAAGGUCUGGAUCCAUUGGAGAAGCAAGUGAGAGACGUUUUUCAUCGAAUUGUGAGCAGUAGAACACAAGGACUCGAUAAACGAAGCUAUUAAUUAAAUCAAAUCAAUAUAUGUAUAGAGAAUAUAUUUAGGAUAUGAAUUGUAUUUGGAAAUUCAUGAACUAUGUUCAUGUUCAUGUGUUCAUCUCGUGUAGAUGUAUCUCAUUAAUUAUUAAUUCUCACGUUGAAUGGCA